ACACGUCGCUGUCAAUAAAAAUAGAGGAAACGGGAAAAUAUCGCUCUCCCUCUCCGCCGGUAAACGUCUCAGCUUCGCAGAUACUCAGGCUUAUUGCAAGUGAUAUAAAGGAGAGGAAAUAGAAAUGGCGAGCUGUGUGAAUUCUCCGGCGAUGACUCUAUGCCCGCCAUGUGUCUCACCUUCAAAGUCACUCUGCUGCAGCAUCAGUUUUAACAAAUCUGUUUCACGGUCAUCUUUUUCAUCCACCAGAAACGCCCUACUCUGUCUUCGCCGGAAGCAAACCGCCACUAGUUUUCAGAUCACGGCGUUGGCGGCAGAGGCGGCGGCGGAAGAAGCUGAGCCUUUGAGAAUCAUAAUAUCAGGAGCUCCAGCUUCAGGUAAAGGCACACAAUGCGAGCUCAUUACUCAGAAAUAUGGUUUGGUUCAAAUAUCAGCUGGAGGUUUGCUUCGAGCUGAAAUCGAUUCCGGAAGCGAAAACGGACGACUAGCAAAAGAAUUCAUGGAGAAAGGAGAAUUGGCUCCUGAUGAAAUACUUGUAACGAUGGUGAAAGAAGCUUUGUCGAAGCAAAACGGAUGGCUUUUAGAUGGAUACCCAAGGAGUUUAUCACAAGCAACAUCUCUCAAGAGAUUUGGAUUCGAGCCUGAUUUGUUCAUUCUCCUUGAAGUGCCUGAAGAUAUUCUUAUCGAUAGAGUGAUCGGGCGUAGAUUAGAUCCUGUCACUGGGAAGAUAUACCACUUGAAGUAUUCUCUUCCGGAGACAGAAGAGAUCGCUGCUAGGCUCACUCAACGGUUUGAUGAUACCAAAGAGAAGGUGAAACUCCGGUUAAAGACUCAUAACCGAAAUGUCAGAGAUGUGUUAUCGAUGUACCGAGAUAUAACGGUAACGAUCAAGGGAAAUUGUUCUAAAGAGGAAGUGUUUGGUCAGAUCGAUAUGGCUCUGACUAAACUGGUCAAACAGGGGAAGACUAGCACAAGCCGUUCUCUUGCAGGCUGAUGAAGCAUUUGGUUUGCACAAGACUUAACCAUUUGAUGACUGGUUGAAACAGAUCACAUUCAUCGCGUUAGAAGGUUUCUACACUACCAAAUUAGAUCAGCUAUAAAGAUUUAUUCAAUGACAAAACGAUUGAGAAUGUUUUGAAAAUUGUGGUAACUAUAUACUUUUCUGUUCUGAGAUUUUGAGUACAUAUGGGUAAAAAGUACUGUUUGCACUGUGUUUCUUUCAUUGUUGAAACCAAUGAAAUGAAAUGAGAAUUGACUCUUCUUCGAGGCAAAA